AUGGCUUCUGGUCCUCAAAGCCAAAGAAUUCAAGCGGCUCGCGAUAUUGGCUGUGAUCCUAAUCUUUGCGACGUACUACUUAGCAUUUUAUGCCGAGGAUCAUUUUGCCCCACUGCUCGACGUUUGGAGAAAAUCAAACAUUUGGAGAAGGUUUGGUGGCGUGUUUCCGCAAAUUCGCGCCCAUUUUCAUGGAACGUGACGAUCGUUUACUAUACAAAAAUUUCCGACGCUCGACGUCAGCCUCGUUGGGUUUCGACCAGUGAAUGCGCGGGCGUAGAACCGGGUUCCUGCAUCAUCCACAGCAACAAAUCAGCAGCCCCAGAAGCAGACGCCCUCGUCUUCACGCCUCGCUAUGUCGUUUUGCAGAAAUCCGGCAAAAUUCGGAUCGAGGGUGUUGAUAUUGAUCCGAAGACAAUGCGGACACGACCCGAGCAACUGUUCGUUUUCGCAUUCAUGGAAUCGCCGGAACGCUUCAACAGUAUGCAUCUGCCACACGAUUUCUUUAAUGCUACGAUGACGCACCUGCUCGAUUCGGAUAUUGAAUUCAGCUAUCGACAUCGUUGGGUGACGAGGGAACAGGCAGAAAAUGAAGGUAUCCCCUUCCUGCCUGCAUUAGACCAUACCUAUCUAUCCGGGCCACCUCGGAAUAGAACCCAUUUCAUCAGCGGCUUCAUCAGCAAUAUGGCUGCCGCGCCGAGUGGUCGAAGUCAGAUUCUCGGCCAUUUGGCCAAGUUGGGCAAAUUGUCAUUAUUCGGCGGAGGCGGUGCGACAAAAGCAGAUAAGAACAAGUGUGGAAGAUUUGAUGAAGGGUGCGUACGCCGUGUCUUCGAGGACUCGUACUUCUUUUUGGCGAUGGAGAAUUCGGUGUGCCAGGACUACGUCUCGGAAAAGUACUGGGACCGUGCUGACUACGCUUCUAUACCAAUAAUGCUGAGUCGGAAUAUCACGAACAAACAAGAAAUGCCGGAAAAAGCGGGAAUCUUCCUCGACGACUACCAUAGUCUGGAUGCAAUGGUGAAAUACAUGGACUACCUUGUCGCCCAACCAUCCGAAUAUGCCAAAUAUAUCGAUUGGAAAAAAGACUUAAUGCUGAUACGAAGGCCGAACGCUGCAAAUUGCGCGUUAUGUCGCUAUGUACAAAGUAACCCUUCGCCGAAGACGUAUGAAGACGUCUACGAUCUCUACACCGAAACGUCAAACUGCCAACCAAAAUACGGGCUCAAGUUUUUGCCGGGAAAAAGC